UCAGGAAAUUGCAGGUUAGAAGUGUACAAGCUUGCAAGAAAUGGGGACCAAUUUUGUAUCAACCCAAUCAGAUUGUGGGUGGAGGUGGUGAACCAUCAUCGACUGCCGAAUUUCCACAUAUGGCGGCAUUGGGAUACGAUGAUACUCAAAACAAUGAGACGUAUUGGGGUUGUGGAGGAAGCUUGAUCAGUCUGAAAUUCGUUCUGACUGCAGCUCACUGUCUGAAUAGCGUAGCAUUUGGUCCGGUGAAGUACGUGAGACUUGGAGAUUUGAAUUUGAAAACUACGGACGAUGAAGCCGAUCCUCAAGAAUUCCUCGUUACCAAAACAUACAAACAUCCACUCUACAAACGUCCCAGCAAGUACCAUGAUAUAGCCUUGAUCGAAUUAGAUCGGGCAGCUGUGAUUACCGAGUUUGUACAACCAGCUUGCCUGUAUAUCAAUCUGAACACCUCACAUAGUAUACUUAUUGCAACUGGUUGGGGUUUGCUUUCGUUCCAAGGAAAAACAGCGGAUCAUCUUCAAAAAUUAUAUUUACACCAUGUGAAUAACAGCGAUUGCAAGAAAGCAUAUGAUGUGAAUCAUCGUGUUCUUAGUGAAGGUAUACACGAGCAAUAUCAAAUUUGCGCAGGAUAUCCAAGAAGAGACACCUGUCAAGGAAAUUUCGGGGGACCUUUGCAAUCGUUUAAUAGAUUUGGUAGCUUUAAUAUUCAUGGAGUCAUGUCCUUCGGAAAAGCUUGUCUAUUAACAAAUAGUCCUGGAGUCUAUACUCGAGUGGCCAACUAUAUAGAUUGGAUCGAACCCAUAGUUUGGCCAAACACUAAGUAACCAUUUUUUAAAUAUAAAUAAUUAUUUUUCGAAUGGAUUUAAAUAAAUUUU